CUUAACCUCUAAAUCCACUUUGGUACUUACACUUAUUUUAGCUUUUAUACUUAUAGCCACUUUGUACUAAUUUAUUUUACCUGUAUUAUAGCGUAUUAUAUUUUGAUUUGCUUAGUACAUGGUAUUAUAACUAGUAUGUGUGCUUGCACAGAUUUGACUGACCAACACAUUGCAAGAUUAUGUUGCAUUGCAUGGCUGCAAAAGUAGAGCCAGGAAGAACAUUUUUGCUGGAUUAUUCUGCAUCUAUUGUCUACUGUCUUUUUUUUAAUGGUAGACAUAAGAGUUACAUCAACAUUCCCCAGGCAUUUAUCACCUUCAAGUUUCCAAAGCUUCCCCAAGUUCACAAUUCUCCAAAAUGUAAGAAAGGGACUCCAAACCUCAUGAAAUUUGGCUGAUUUCUUUUUCAUUGUGUAUGUUAAUUUUUCAAAGACAAGGCAUGCAGACAGCUCUUUAAGCCAACAGAAGUGCUUUUUACAUUCUUCCAGCAAAGAGAGAUCAAGCCUCUUGCUUGUAAUAGACAUAAAUCGGUCAUUUUCUUCUUUCUCUUUGCUGUUUAAUGAACAAUCCCCUGGGUACAAAUUAAGAAUACAGUUUAGGGCAAUCAGGGAUUGGAUUUAAGGUAAUUUGAGAAAUACAUUUUAGAAUUUACAUAUUCUAAUAGCUUCUUCCUACUCUGUAUGUGAGAAGAGUCCACCCCAGAUGAACGAUGCAAUUUAGGAUCUGAAGUGCAGUUGAAGUCACCUGCCAUAAGGGCUUUCCCUGGGAGAGAAGCAACCUUAAUAAAAAUACAUUUUCAAAGAAUUUGAGGUUAUCAUCGUUUGGGACAUAUACACUGAUCAUGUUUAUCUUUUCAUUUACCAGUGUACCCUGGACAAUUAAAUAUCUACCCUCUAUAUCACAAAUUAUGUUGUCCACCCUAAAGGGGACAGAUCUGUGAAUCAGGAUCAUCACCCCUUGGGUGUAAGAUUAGUAAGAGGCUGAAAUUACUUGCCUGGGCCAUCUCCUCUUUAUCUUCAUAAUUUCAUCAGUAGGUAGGUUCCAUGAAGAUACACGACUGAUGAUUUAAGUUGUUUAAGCCUACUAAUUACUUUAGCUAAUUUAAUCAAGCCACUACCAUUCCAGGACAAACUUUAAAUUUAUAUUAGAGGCCAUAUCAAACAUAAUCAAGUAUGAGGAAUGCCAACCAUGUCAUAGAUGUAAUGAAAAUAAGCACCAAUGUGUCUAUAAAUUGUAAUCUUGUUUUUAAAACAAUUAGACCGCAUGUCACUUAUAACCCCCAAAUUAAUCCCAUCGCUGUCUCAAGACAGUGAGACUUCCCUCGCAACAUUAAGAGCGAACUAAUAAAGAAGAGCAGACAAGAACUGGCGAGUCACAAAAUAAACCAACCUCCCGUUUACAAUCAGCAUAAUGCAAUAAACGAACAAGAAAAUAUACAUGUGUAUUUGGCUGCUGUGGGGGGUUAAAACCACAUCAAUAUACUGUGACGAUUAGCAGAGGGCGCAACAGUUUAGGCUGCAUCUCAACCCAUCAUAAACUAAAACACCGCCAAAUGCUACAUGAAAGCAACUAUACCUUUCCUUAAUAGCCGAAAAAGCAAAGUUCAAGUUGAGUGUUCACAUUGUCUUUUGCAGCCGGAAAAUUCAGUCACUGACUGUUCAUCCCAAUGGAAUUGAAAAAACAUGACAUGGUGAUCUUCGAACAUUAUCCUGCCCUUGUUCCUGGCUGUCUGCAUGAUUCGGAUCUUGUCUUGAAAACGUAAGAACUAUAUUAUCAUGACUCGCGAACCAGAGGAUUGCGGCACGCCUGGUAGUCUGUGAGCCCUUUCAAUAAUCAGCGGAGCAGGGAAGGUCUCCGGACCCUGGGCUUCGGGUAGCCACUUAGCAAGAAAAGCAACUGCAUUGCAGAUUCAAGCGUUUUUGCUGAGAACCACACGCAGGAAAAAAAGGUGAGACAACGACUCUGUAGAUGAAGCAUUCCUGCAGCUCAUGUGGGCUGUGUGGCUGCUCCAACCUAUUAACAUGGGUGCCGAAAUGAAAAGCAAGAGGUUCCGCGACACGCACACACUGCUCAGGUUGGCAGUGUGUCCUGGCCAUUACAGACAGCUUAAUACCACAUCAGGUAUUACUGCAUGACCAAAGUAGGGUUGAGAGAAGGCGGCGCUUUGCAGAGGCAUGCUCAUAACUACCAGGACAGUUCUCCUUACAUUCCACAGUCAGUAGAGCAAAGCUUCUAUGUGGCAACUGCCUGGAGAGCCUUCCCACCAUUACCUGCCGCCAAGCGACGAGUGGACCAACUACGCAGACUAUUGGCAGACGGAGGGUUUGAGCUAAGACAGUGGGCCAGUAACCAGCUGUGGUAGCUCAUCUGCCUACUGAAGCAAGGUCCGCCGCUACGGAACAGUGUCUAAUUCAGAACCUACUCGACCCAAUGGAGCGCACUUUAGGCCUGGAAUUGCGCAGCAGACACUCUUGACUAUCAUCACCAGCCCAUCAAGCAUUCUGCACUGACAAUGAGAACAGCCUACCAUGUAUUAGCCAGCCACUACGAUCCUUUGGGAUUUAUAGUACCAUAUACAACACGGGCUAAAGUGCUCAUCCAGCAGCUGUGGUCUAAGAGGAGGGACUGGAAUGACCCUGACUUACCUCUAGAGCUGCAAGAUACCUGGAGCACCUGGGAGUGCAAGCUAGACCAUCUCAGCACAAUAUCCAUCCCAUGCUGCUACCUAUCUGCUCCGGUAGAUGAUGCGGAUCUGGAAUAUGACCUCCAUGUGUUCUGUGACACAUCGGAAUGGGCUUACGGUGCAGUUGCCUACCUGGCAGUACAGAAGGAUGGUGCCAUCCGCACAUCAUUCAAGAUGGCCAGGUCGAGGGUCACCCCUAGAAGACAGCAAUCUAUUCCUCGCUUAGAGCUCUACGCUGUGCUAGCUGGAGCUCAACAGGCCAAGCUUGUGGAGACGGAGAUGACACUUACCCUCCACCAGACAACACUAUGGACUGACUCCAUGACAGUCAUGGAGUGGUUCCAAUCAGAUUCUUGUCGUUUUAAGGUAUUUGUUGGAACCUGCAUGUCGGAAAUUCAGGAGUUGUCAAGCUUGGCAUUACGUGGACACCCAGCUGAUGACAUAACGCGGGGCAAACCACUCCUAUCUCUGGUUGAUGGUGUUGAGAUUACAAAAUGUCCAGCUUGUCAGCAAUGGAGAGCCCAGCCAAAGGUUCCACAGCAGAUCUACCGCCAGAGCACCUCAGAUUCCUCUGUCCGCCCUUUUAUUCAACGGCAUUGCAAAGGGUGAAUCUCCCUACAGGGAUUUAAAAAGUCUAACUAAAUAAAGUACUUCUUUAAACUUGACUUGUUUUUUCCAGUAGAAGUACCAGUCAAAAUCAAUAGCACAAAUUAUAUCUUACCUCUUUUACCAGAAAAUCUAAUUUCACAAUAGAGGGAAGAGUAUCUGUCCCAUUUUUAUGGACAUCUGUCAGAAAUUUGAGAAUGUUAAAAAGAGUAAAGCUCAU